GCCCAAAAAUAAUAUUCAGAGGCACACCGCACACAAGCAAGGCGGCUAGCUACAGCGGCUAGUGGUGCAAGUGCAAGGACAGCCACCCAGUGCGAAGCUUGCUGGUGCAUGCGGCAAUGGCGGCUUCGCUUGGGCUAAACCCUGAAGCUCUCUUCAGCUCCUACUCGUCGUCCUACUCCUCGCCCUUCAUGUCCGGCUACGCGCCGCAGAGCUUCCCGGCGGCCAAUAACACCGUCGACGACGCGGCGGCCUUCUCCUCCGAGCUCGAUGAUCUUUGCCAGCUUGAGUACUCGCCGACACCGCUCGUCGCCGGCGCCGGCGGCGGGUCUGGGGACGAUCGCAACGACAAGUCGAUGUGGUGUGGGGGUGGAGAUGAGAAGAGACCUAGGAGCAGUGGAAGGAUCGGAUUCAGAACGAGAUCAGAGGUGGAGAUCUUGGACGACGGGUUCAAAUGGAGGAAGUACGGGAAGAAGGCUGUCAAGAACAGCCCAAAUCCAAGGAACUACUACCGGUGCUCGUCGGAGGGCUGCGGCGUGAAGAAGCGCGUCGAGAGGGACCGCGACGACCCCCGCUACGUCAUCACCACCUACGACGGCGUCCACAACCACGCCAGCCCCGGCGCCGCCGCCGUCAUCCAGUACGGCGGGGGCGGCCUCUACAGCCCGCAGCACAGCGGCUCGCCGUCGGCCGCCUCCUACUCGGGCUCCUUCCUCUUAUAACUGCCGAGUUGUUCUUCCCAGAACGUGCCUGAGCAGUAAGCACGUGUUGUUACAGUGAUCGAGAGGACUUGAGGCUUGACCCCGUGGUUUACCCCAAGUAGGAUGAGAAGAAUGAUAGCGGCCGGCUAGAUUCCGACCUGCUUGUGGAUUUUUACAGUUGUGCAGUAGUAGUAAUAAUUAAGCUAGAAAUACUUUAAUUACCUCAUCGAUUAGUUACCUUUUCUGGUGAUGCAUCAGUCAUCACUAGGAUAACUGAGAUGACAGCAUGCUUUUCACUUCCCCUCUUCUUUCUUUGUUCUGUUUUAGUUUCUUUAUACACACUUUGUAAUCUAUACGCGGUCGCUAAAAGGCUGCUGAUUUAACUUCAGUUCUCAACAAUCAUCAUCAGAUACUAGAGUUUAUUAGUGAGUUUUCUUUUUGCA